UGUGUGUGUGUGUGUGUGUAUUUGUGUGUGUUCGUGUACACGCAUAUACAAACAGAGUAAAACGGAAAAGGAUGAAGACUCGGAGGAACGGAGGAAGCGACGUCGGAGGCGCAGUACGUGUCGCGUUGGGAAAGCGGCGGCGGCGGUGCCGGUUCAAUACUCGGUAAUCAAAUUGUCGUGCACGGGGGCGCCGUGUCGGAGAGCUUAACUAUUAACCCGCGCGGCGUCGGGCCGCUAAACAAUAAACAUGGCGACCGUGGUGCGUGUAGCCAGGCGGCGGCGACCCGGUGCGCACGCGCUCGGCGCACUAUUUCAUUUCUAACUCUUUCCGGUUGGUCCCGGCUGCACACCGCCCCUGACACCCGGCCGCCCUGGGGGGGUGUGACAGUCGGCCGACCAAGAUUAAGCCUCUCCGGGUCGAACCUCAACCCCCAGCCGACGCCACCGCCGCCGCCACCGCCGCACACCACCACCGCGCCCGCCGCCGCCGCCCACCGUUACGCCGCCGCGACUUUUACCGGCCGACGAGUUAAGCUCCGAGACCCGGGGCAUAAGCCAAACGCGAACCGGAUACGUCACUCGUACAACACACACGCAACAAUCUGAUUUUCACGCCGUUUUUCCCGUUCUCAUACCGUUUCGUCGUUUCGUUUUUUUCUUCCCGUCGGCGUUUUCCGAUCCCGAAAACACAAGACUCUGCGCACUGCAUAUACGUUCCUGAACGUAUACCAUUUACGGCAGUCUUAAUCGGACACCAAUAUAUUUAUAAAUAUUGCAAAAAAUCGUUGGCCUUCCGCUCCCGAUUCUACUUCCCAAGAUUAAAAAUGAAUCUAACUACAACAGAUGCAGAUCGUUCAUUUAUUUCAAUUCAACAAUCUGCACAACCUAUUUUUUCUUUAACAGAUCCAAGAAUAGGUAGUCUUCAUUUGAAUAAUGACAGUGAAAAUCGAGACACGGAUUCGAACUAUCCCAUGAGAGACAGGCCGCUUUCGCUGUGCAUGUCUGCCGCGUGUGCCGCACAACAGGUACCGGUGUCCGCGUCCAGAACGCCACCGACUUCGAUCGCUUCGACCACCGGACAUUACGGAGCGGCUGCAGCGACCGGCAGCCAAGUCGCGGUCAAGACCAAGACACUGGGGUUGUCGUGCGUCGUGUGCGGUGACACAUCGAGCGGAAAGCACUACGGGAUAUUGGCGUGCAACGGGUGCAGCGGAUUUUUCAAGAGGAGCGUCCGCCGCAAACUCAUCUACAGAUGUCAAGCAGGUACCGGAAGUUGUAUAGUGGACAAGGCACAUCGUAAUCAAUGUCAGGCUUGCAGGCUGAAAAAGUGUCUUAACAUGGGCAUGAAUAAAGAUGCUGUUCAAAACGAACGUCAACCCAGAAAUACGGCUACGAUAAGACCAGAAAAUUUAGCCGACAUGGACCACGAACGAGUGAUUCGAGAAGCAGCUGUGGCAGUUGGAGUGUUUGGGCCAUGUCUUUACAGACCUCCGGUUUCUGUGGCAUUAGCAUUAUCUCCGUUGAGGUAUCAUCCGAACGGUCCCAUGGCACCACCGAGCAUACAGCAACGGCCAGCGGAACCGUCACCAACCGCCUCUUCGUCGCCAAAACAAGAGUCUCAUCACGAUGACCAAGACGACGACGACAGUAUAGACGUGACCAACGAGGAACCGGAUACGUCGGACAACAAAAGAGCGUCAUCGUCGCCACUGACUGUUCCUAUACCGCUAACUCAGCACCAUUCGAUGUACGAUCAUCAUCCUUCGUUCUAUCCGGGACUACACGAGAACGUUUACGAGACGUCCGCUCGUUUGCUGUUCAUGGCCGUUAAGUGGGCUAAAAAUUUACCGUCGUUCGCGUCUCUUCCAUUCAGAGAUCAGGUGAUACUCUUAGAAGAAUGUUGGUCAGAACUGUUCUUGUUGAACGCGGUGCAGUGGUGUUUACCGCUAGAAAACAAUCCGCUGUUCAACCCUUCGGAUCACGUGGCGGCCAUACCAAACGGCAAAGCAAGUCAAGUGGCAGCCGACAUACGCGUGUUGAACGAAACCUUACGAAGAUUCCGGACCAUUAGCGUUGACCCUGCCGAGUUCGCGUGCAUGAAGGCUAUCGUAUUGUUUAGAGCCGAUACGCGAGGAUUAAAAGACCCGAUACAAGUGGAAAAUUUACAGGAUCAAGCACACGUUAUGCUAGGCCAACAUACCAGAAAUCAACAUCCCGGACAACCUGUACGAUUUGGUCGACUUCUAUUGAUGUUACCCCUAUUGAAAAACGUUCCCGCAUCCCGGAUCGAAGCUAUAUUUUUCCAGAGGACCAUUGGCAACAUACCAAUGGAAAAAGUCUUGUGCGAUAUGUAUAAAAAUUAAUGUUAACAGGGGUAUAGAAAUGAUUCUGUAGUAUUUUUUGAUGAACGUGGUUUAUUGUUUAGAUGUGUAAAUAUUCAUAAUAUUAUCUUAAUCGCUCUGUUUCAACUAUUUUAUUACAUCACUUAUGAUUUCAAAUAAUUUAU